CGGACUUCCGCGUUUUCCCCCUGUGGAGCAGGAAGUGUUUUCUUUUUAAACACGCUGAUCUUUAGAGCAAAGUGUUGGAGAAGAGCUGAGACUCAUCAUUACUCAGAUGCUAUUUCCGCCAUGACAUCUGGAUGUUGAUGAUGAUUAUGGAGGAGAAGAAGAAGGAAAGAAAAAAGGAGCAGUGCUUCUGUUGUAAUGUCACGUGGAGUCAGACUUCACACUCUCAAGAACAGAAGUGCAGCUAAUCAAUAUCUUCUCUCUCUCUCUCUCUCUGUGCCAUGCCGACCUCGAGGAACACCGAUCCCAAAAGGCUGAGGCUGGACUGGAGGUUCGUCAAAAGAUUCUACAGAAUUGUCAGAGUGCUUUUCCCGAAAUGGUGCAGUCAGAAUGUCGUCAUGUACGGGACGCUGUUCGGAGUCACUCUUUUAGUUCAGCUGGUGAUUUAUCAGGUGGGUCUGAUCCCGAGUCAGUUCUACGGCGUGUUGUCGGAGAAGAACUACGGCAAGUUUAAGGAGCUGGUGGCGGUGUCCGUCCUGUUCAUCCUGCUCAACUCUGUACUGAAGAGCCUGGAGCAGUACAUUUCCAAUCUCCUGUACAUCAGCUGGAGGAAAUGUCUCACGGAAAGCCUCCAUCGAGAUUACUUCAGCGGACAGGUCUACUACACCCUCAACGUGCUCCGGAAGGACAUCGAUAACCCAGACCAGAGAAUAACUCAGGACGUAGAGAGGUUGUGUCAGCAGUUGAGCAGCAUGGCGAGUCGACUGGUCAUUUCCCCCUUCACCAUCUCCUACUACUCGUACCAGUGCUUUAACAUCACUGGAUGGAUGGGAUUCGUCAGUAUCCUUGGCUACUUCCUGGUCGGCACUGUUGCCAACAAGCUCCUGAUUGGACCUAUCGUGUCCACGUUGGUUGAACAGGAAAAGCAAGAAGGAAACUUGAGGUUCAAGCACAUGCAGAUCAGAGUCAAUGCAGAAUCGGCAGCUUUCUACAGAGCAGGGACGGUGGAACGCAUGCGGACGGACCACAGACUUCAGGGUCUCUUGCGCACACAGAGGAAGCUGAUAAACCGGGAACUCCUGCUCUAUCUUGCUGUGAACACGUUUGACUAUAUGGGGAGCAUCCUCAGCUACAUCAUCAUCGCCAUACCCAUCUUCGCAGGCGUGUAUGAUGGUUUGACCCCAGGGGAAAUCACUGCUCUUGUCAGCAAGAAUGCCUUUGUGUGUAUGUACCUGAUUAAUUGUUUCACGCAGCUUAUCGACCUUUCCACGACAGUCUCCGAUGUUGCAGGUUACACCCACAGAAUCGGAGAACUCCAGGAAGUGAUGAAGGACGUGAUCAGGAAGCAGUGUGAUCAAGACUGUGCUUCUGAAGACAGGGGUGACUUUGACAGGGAAGGAGGAACCUCGACCACUUCCAGCGAUGCUGCUGUCAUCCUUGACAAGCUGUCCUUUACGUCUCCGGUCACCGAAGGUUUGCUGGUGAAGGACUUGAGUCUCAGGGUUUAUGAGGGGACACACCUGCUGGUGGUGGGGAACACUGGCGCUGGAAAAACGUCCCUCCUCAGGGUCCUCAACCUUCUGUGGGAACCUUCUAAUGGUUCUGUUCAGAUCAAUGCCUGUUUCGGGCCGAGGGGAAUCAUGUUCCUGCCCCAGAAACCGUUCCUGACUGACGGCACCCUUCGAGAACAGGUGAUCUUCCCUUUAAAGGACAUCUAUCCAGUCACAGGUUCCGUUGACGAUGAGAGAAUUUUGACGUUCCUGGAACUGGUUGGGAUGUCCAGUCUUUUGAAGAGGACCGGCGGUCUGGAUGAGAAAGUGGACUGGAACUGGUAUGAUGUUUUAUCACCAGGAGAGAUGCAGAGACUGUGCUUUGCUCGGCUUUUCUACCUGCAGCCGAAAUACGCAGUGCUGGAUGAAGCCACCAGCGCUCUGACAGAAGACGCCGAGGAACACAUGUACAGAACUUGUAAACAGCUGGGCAUGACUCUGAUUAGCCUCGGUCACCGCAGCAGCCUGAAACAGCAUCAUGAUGUCAUGCUGAGGCUGUGUGGAGGUGGUCAGUGGGAAAUCACUCAACUGGAAACGAGGUGAAUCUCCAGUGAAAAAAAAGGGGGACUUUUUAUCCCCUUAUUUUCGGAGGGAAAAUGUGUGUUAAAAACAGUAUCAUUUUCACCCGACAUCUUUCUAUCAAAUGAUGAACUGAGAUCACCGAGUUGGAUCUGGAAUGGUCCAGUUUUCCGAUGUAUUUCGUUUCUGGAAAUGACGGCACUGAUCUACUUUUUGAGUGAAAUUUAAAACUGGAAAAUGUCAGUUUUUAUCAUUUGUACUAUAUAUCAAGCCACUAAUAGCACCAGCACUGGAUACAAUCUGAAAUCGAAAUUUCCAGAAACGGCAAACAAAAUGCACAAUACAGUGAAGUGUUCAAGGUGAAAUCCAGGAAUCUACAUCAUGCUUUUUAUUUUAUUUCUGAGUAAACUAAUAUAUAAAUGUACACAUGUAAUAAUGGCAAAGGGACAAUCGUUUAUGAAUUGAUUGUGUUAAAAUAAGCCUGUGUGUGGGUUUUUUUUGUUUGUUUCUAAUGUCAGAAUGAAAUUUAACUUUUUAAAGUGGUACAUUAAAAUUAAUGUGUGUAAAAUCAUGUCAAAAAUCUGUUUUCAAGACGUAUGAAUCAGUGUAUAAUGAUGUAAAGCCUGAGCGAUGAAACGUGGAUGACAUCACGUUAAGUUUGAUGGAAUAAUUGAAGGAUAUUUAAAAACUUCUGCAUGAAAAGUGAAAAUGUCCAGCAAUAUUGAUGUAGUUAAUGAUGUUUGAACCAAAUGCUAAAAAUACGGAAGUACUUAUCCUGAGAAAUUUCAGAUUUGUGCAUUCCAGCAGUUUUACAAUCGGCUCGUCAUGUCAAUAUUCACGUGAAAUAUCAAAGAUCUUGUACCGUGGCAUGGUUGUUGCAGUCAGAUGGGCUGGGUUGAGAAUUUCAGAAACUGGUGUAAUGUCCGACAACAGUCUCUGGAGUUUAAACAGAUUGGUGCAAACAAACAAAAAAAGACAUCAAGACGGAAACACCUUCGUUGAUGAGGUGUCUGAGGAAAACCGGCACACUGGUUCGAACUGACAGGAAAGCUGUGGUGACUCAAGUAAUCACUCUUUACGACCAUGGGGAGUAGAAAAGCAUCUCAGAAUGCCAACCCUUCAAGCACGUGGGUGACAACAGACAAGAACAGGCAUCUGAGGGUGUAUGUGUGGGCACUGAAAUUGAAACUGGACAGUUGAAGAUUGGAAAAAUCAUUGUCUGAAUUUCAAAUUUUCUGACUUUGGUACCAAGAGCAUGGACUCGAUUUGAACAGUUCAGGCUGGUGGGGGUGAUAUAAUGGUGUGGGGAAUGUCUUCCAAAAACACACAAUUGGCCACCUAAUGCACGACCAAUCAAACAUGACACUUUUUUUUUUUCUCCAAUAUUUUUGCAUGCCUCAUGCAUCUCUUUAUAGCCACACCCAUUUUCCCUAUUUUACAGUGCUUCCUCCAUGAUAAUGUGUAGCAAAUGAGUAUAAUAUGAGCAUUUAAUUAAAUGUUGAGAGAUAAGAAAUGCUGUAUGCUGCGAGUUGUUAAUUCCGUAUCUACCCUCUUGUAGGCGUCAUACUGGGACUGUUUUAUAGCAGGUGUGGAAAAGCUUUCGAGCCAUAAGACACUCAAACGGGUUAUGUUUGUGUGGGCUCUGAUAGCAUGUUAUUUCCAGUGCAGUGGCUGCUGAAUUGUCGUUGACUGCAUGAUAAAUCCUUGAGUGGUGGAGUAAUAAAUUAUCAUGUAAUUACACUUUAUAUUAUCACUUUCCCUAAUAAGCAACUGUUACAUGCUACAAGUAAUAGGUUGACGUGCUAGUUUUAUUUUGGAAAGUGAUGCUGCAUGCCAUUGCCUUGUGUUUUUUUUUUUUUUUAAUGCAACAAUGUUAUACUACUUGUACAGGAAGUUGUAUGAAAGUCAAGAUUCGAGGACACCCAGGGUUUAUUUUGCAGCGAUCCAUUCACAAGUUUUAUAGUUUCUUCAUGUGCCUUUUGGAGUCUUAUUUUCUCAUAUAAAAUGGACAAAAGAAAUGUAAAAUAAAUCCACCACUGAUUCAGAA